AUGAGCGACAUCGACAAACAUGAUAACUUGGGAGCAAAAAAAGACGAGGAAAUUGACAUUUGUGUGAAUUCGAAAGACGAUUCUGUGACCAAAAGACCAGCAAGCGAAGUAAGUGAAGAUGCUCGUUCCAUUGUUUCGCUAAAUGAAGGAAGAGCAAUAGCUAGUCUACAAGAAGAACAAAAGACUAUAAUGGGUGAGAAGACACCACCCCCUACCCACGAAAACCCAGUAAACCCUCAAGCUCAAUUCAAAGCUAGUUUACAAGAAGAACAAGAGACAAAAAUUGGUAUGACAACAUCACCCCCUAAUGAAGAGAUUACAACACCAACCCAGAAAUUCCCG